ACAGUUUCUGUCGGAGGUGUCUGGUGGUGUCGAUGUGUGUUGUUGUUUUUGUUUUCGGGUCCCGGCCGUACUUUUCCGAGAUCCGAUUGUCGAUUAUAUUGCCGAGGGGAAACGGCGGAUAAAGAUUUUUGUUUUAUCACACAUACGAAACGCAUUUAGUUGAUACCGCGCGUUACGACACGUCACACACGUUCGGUAGAGGAAAUCUGCUCAAAUUUUUGCGAACCACAAACGCGAUACGAUACGAUAGCGCUGGAUAGGUCUGAUCAGAAGAGCAAUAGUUUCCCUUUUGUUUAUAGGAAUAUCGUUACAUAACACUAGCAGUGAAACCAUCGUUGUUUUCCGUCCGGAUGGAAAGAAUUGCAUCUCCCGGAUACGAUUUAAUAGUUUUUCAAUCACCGGAUAUAGCUCAAAAGUCGGAAUUCAUGCUCAACUGGUUUUUAUGCAAAUGUAGAGCUGAUAUCAACUUUUGCAACCACUGAUCAGCGGCAGAGAAAAAAAGCACACCAGAAGUCAGGAAAAAAGCUCAUCGAAGUAGCCUUUGUCCACAGACGGGUGCCUGUAGUGGUGUUGCUUCCUAUUGUGCAACCAAGAACAGCUGGCACACUAUGCGGUGAAAGGAUCCCGGAUGUACGUGUAGUCGAGCUAUUAUUCCUGUGGCGACCAGUGAGCGUGUCUGUGUGGUCCCCCCCCAAAUCCCAAACCACACACAGUCUGCCACCUUCCUUCGGAGCACAAAUACAGACAUUAUCGCAACGGUAAGCGCCAUUGCAACAGGAGCGGGUCGUCGUCUGUCGAGGCCAAACCCCCCAGCCCAAAAAAAUAAACCAGAACGCACAGGCAUAACACUUGCUGAGCCUCGGCUGAGAGCGAGACAGAAAAGGCGAGAUUUGUGUUGUGUGUGGCUCAGUGUGGAUGAAUAACAGUGUCCGGAAAUAGAGGUGUCCGGUAACGUUAACCGGUUCCGAUCGUCACUUUUCCCGUUCCUUUUCCUCUUCCGAUAUACACACACACUUUUCGUGACCUUUUUGGUCAGUCUCUACCGCCAGCCAUACAUUCGAGACUGCAAGCUGUGGUCUAUUGUUUUCGGAACUGAGCACACCAGAAGAAAAUUCCUCGCAAUCCGGAUCGUGCGGUGACACCUAAAUAAAUAAUCCCCUUUUUUGUGUGACCGGUACCCACAAACCCCCAGCCGAGGGCUAACGGAGGAAAAGAAAACGGCUUGGCGCGUUCGCUGUGUGGAGGAAUUUUUAUGCCCGCCAUCAACCGGUGUGUACCAACAAUAUCAGGCAGGACCUUUGGCGUUCCGGAGAGCAACAGCGAGUACGAGUGAAGAAAAAUUAACGACGAUAUUGAUUGUAUUUUCACGCGUUUGUUUUUUUUUGUUGUCAUCGGGUUGUGAAUAAUUUGUGAACUGUUUUUACGGAACCGGAGUGCGCGGUCCACAACUAUUCAUCGAUUGUUCGUUUAAGGUGAAAUUGGAAAUACUACGACAGUGAGAACAGGAGAAAUAAGAAACAAUGUCCUGAUUCAAACUGUUACCGAGCAAAAGUGUAGCACUAGUGGACGGAAGUAAAUUCGAAAAAAAUCGUGUAGAGAGUGACUGUGUGAUUUCAAUAGUGUGGCCGCUUGCGGUAGUUAAAACGGCAGAGUUCGAGGAAAAAGGCUUCAAAAUUCGCCUGAAAACUGGAAAACCACGAGAGGACAGUUUGGACGAUAAGAGCGCAAUUAUGAUUGACAUUAAAAGUUCACCUGACUACCUGAAUCGAUCCACUGGUGGAUCGUUCGGUAACUUUUCGAUGUUACUUGCCGAUUCAUCUUACAAAUCAUCAUGGGGUUCACACAGUUCGUCGCAAAGUCAAGGUUACAGUUCAAAUGCUCUGACCACCGUGAGCGUCGGGAAGACUUCCCUGGAUGCACAUUCCCACUUUAGACAACCAGAUCCAUAUCAAAUGUUUGGUCCCACCAGUAGUAGAUUAGCUAGCUCGGGUUCAGGUCAAAUUCAACUGUGGCAGUUUCUUCUGGAGCUGUUAAGCGAUUCCACUAAUGCAGCCUGUAUCACGUGGGAGGGCACGAACGGCGAGUUCAAGCUAACCGAUCCGGACGAAGUGGCGAGGCGAUGGGGUGAACGGAAAUCCAAACCUAACAUGAACUAUGACAAGCUGAGUCGGGCGCUGAGAUAUUACUACGAUAAGAACAUCAUGACCAAGGUGCACGGCAAGCGUUACGCAUACAAAUUUGAUUUCCAGGGACUGGCCGCGGCAACGCAACCGCAGACGGAUCCAACCUACAAGUACCAGAGCGAUCUGUUCAUGUCGCCGUACCACCACGGGGCCAAACUGAGCUCGUUUAUGAGCCCACACCACAGCAUGACGUCAUCUUCCGCCUCCAUCUUCCCGUCGGCCGCAUCUUGGGGCAACUGGGGCAGCCCAGCGACGAAUCUUUACCCAUCGCACACGAUGUCCCACGUCACGCCCUCCCACGUUGCGCCUCAUCUGGGCUCGUAUCCACACUACGCAUGACCAUCACCGAAUACGACCACCACCACACAUCACCAUCAUCAUUCGCAGGUUGACAACUUUGACAUCUACAAAAAGUUGACUCCCUACGAAUAAUAGCAACCGCAAUCCCAUGCUGACGCUGCGAGCAGUGAGCAGAUCUACCGAAACAAGCUAGAUAAAUGUAUUUUAGAUCAUCUAAACAAAUGUCUCAACUUUUAAAUUUUUUCAACCAUACACAAAAGAUGAAGAUACAUAUUUUAAACGGCAAGAUUAUACAUACAAUCAACCGAACGGACAAAAAACCAAAUCAGUGUAUACUAGCAAUAUUUUUGAUGUAAAAAAAUCAAGUCUCACGUCGAACCUACAAAGAAAACGAACUAGUCUUCUCAAAAUAUAGAGCGAGUCAUCGUAGAUAUUUAAAUAUUGUAAGAAAAUAAUUUAUUACUUGUACAUAAAUAACUGUAUUACAAAGAACUUUCGUUCAGUUUUUAGUGAUAUAUAUAUAUAUAUAUAUAUAUAUAUAUAUAUAUAUAUAUAUAUAUAUAUAAAAUUGGAAAGCAGUACCAAAACUCAAAAAUCUAGUCUUCUAUUUCAGCAACAUGUUUUCAAUUUAUUUUGUCUGGUAUCAGAACUGUUAUAACCAAUUAUAACAGCACGAAAACCAAAAAUUUGAAAUUAAGUAUUAUUAUCUUGUUUUCAAUCCGUGAUGAGUAUAACCUCUGUGUUUUUAUUUAAUUUAUUAACAUAAAAUAAAAAAGCAAAUAUUCGUACAUACAAAGACUGUGAUAGUUAACGACACUUGUUAAAAUUUUGUUCUCGCAACAGUUUUUACCCGAAUCGUCUACAACUAUUAAAUAAAACCAAACAAAAAUAAAACAAUGUUUUACCACAAGAGAAAGAAAAUUCGACGGCUUUACUUAUGAGUAAAGAUCCUCUAGCUCUAACUUGUAUAUACUUAUUUACAAAUUUGAACAUACUCACACACUCUAGUUAUAAUAAACUAAGCAUAAACAAAUAUUGAAUAUAAAAAUGAAAAAUAUGAGCAAUCUGUAUGGAUGUGUUGUCAAAAUCUAUGUCAAAUCGAACGUUGUCACUGGUUGUCCAAACUUUAUAACAAACAAACAAGAGAAAGAAAACCACUAAAACACACAAUGUAAAUAACAAACAAAAAAAUGGGUCUUGUGGUUUAAUCGUCAGAAUGCAUGAGAGCUAUUAGGGUAAGGUGAACAGUUUAUCAACUUUAUUGUCACUAUUUCGUGUGAAGUUCAUAUAAAACUGCAACUCGCGGAAGUAAAUAUCAAUAGAAUGUGCAUUAUCAAUGGCUGGUACUAUAAUAAACCACUGUUGAAAUUAAUUACUGAAUGUCUAUUUCGCCCCCCCCUCCUACACCUUCCAGUCCCCCACCCCACCCCCUAUUUACCGGUUACGAAAUGUUUUCCCAUUCCAUAAACGAGGGUCAUGACAGAAGACAGAAGAAAAAAUCCAACAUGAGAAAUGAAAACAAAUAUUGAAAGUAGAGCAAAAAAAAACUAUAUUAAAUUAUAAAUGUGUAAAUGGUGUGUGACAAAAUGAAAAAACGCAAAAUCAAUCUAAAUUGAAUCAGUCUUCAUUGUACAUGGAAAAUAUGAUAAUUUGAACAGAACCGCUAAUAAAAUUCGUAUAAAUGUUUCAAAAAUAGUGCGAUUGUUUCAUUUGUAUUCAAUACUAGUAAGUAUUUUCAAUGAAGGCAAUUUUCUAGGCGCUCUUCAUCGAAGUCAUCGCA